GCUGCGGCUUGCUUCCCCCCCAUGGCUAGCGCAGCAGCGGGACGGGCAGAUACUGCCAUGGCGGGGAAGCUGUUCCCAUGGCGUGUGGGGAAUGCAGCGGUUCAGCACCCGCUCAGGAUUCAGCACGCAGGAAUAUCAUCCACGUCCAGCACAGAGAACUGAAGUGCAGAUAGCAGAACCCAGCUGCAGGGUGAAUCAUGAUUCCAGUCACUGAGUUGCGCUACUUUGCUGAUACUCAGCCCGCGUACCGCAUCCUGAAACCAUGGUGGGACGUCUUCACCGACUACAUCUCCAUAGUGAUGCUGAUGAUUGCAGUGUUUGGAGGGACACUUCAGGUCACCCAGGACAAAAUGAUUUGUCUGCCCUGUAAAUGGAUUACCAAAGACACUUGCAAUGACUCAGUCAGAGGUUGGACAGCUGCAACGCCGGAGCGUACCUACUAUAACUCUAGUCUUGUUCCCUCUACUGAUAUAGGACCUACGGGAAUACGAUACGAUUUGGACCGGCACCAGUAUAACUACGUGGAUGCGGUGUGUUAUGAGAACCGUCUUCACUGGUUUGCCAAGUAUUUUCCUUACCUGGUGCUGCUACAUACUCUCAUCUUUCUGGCAUGUAGCAAUUUCUGGUUCAAAUUCCCAAGGACCAGCUCCAAGCUGGAGCACUUUGUGUCUAUUUUGCUUAAGUGUUUUGACUCUCCGUGGACAACAAGGGCAUUAUCUGAGACAGUGGUGGAAGAGAGUGAUACCAAGCCAGCAUUUGGGAAAAUGAAUGGCUCAAUGGACAAGAAAUCCUCCACAGUCAGUGAGGAUGUGGAAGCCACUGUUCCCAUGCUGCAGAGAACAAAGUCUCGAAUUGAGCAAGGGAUUGUGGACCGAUCUGAGACUGGUGUCUUGGACAAGAAGGAGGGUGAACAGGCCAAAGCACUCUUUGAGAAAGUGAAGAAGUUCCGCACACACGUGGAAGAGGGAGAUAUAGUUUAUCGCCUGUACAUGAGACAGACCAUCAUCAAAGUGAUCAAGUUCAUUCUGAUCAUCUGUUAUACUGUUUACUAUGUUAACAACAUAACCUUUGAUGUUGACUGUAAAGUGGACAUUGAGAGCUUGACUGGCUACAGGAUGUACCGCUGUGCUCAUCCUUUGGCCACUCUCUUCAAGAUUCUGGCCUCUUUCUACAUCAGCCUGGUGAUAUUCUAUGGCUUGAUCUGCAUGUACACACUCUGGUGGAUGUUGAGGCGAUCACUCAAGAAAUACUCCUUUGAGUCCAUCCGGGAGGAGAGCAGUUACAGUGACAUCCCUGAUGUGAAAAAUGACUUUGCUUUUAUGCUCCAUCUGAUCGAUCAGUAUGACCCCCUCUACUCCAAGCGCUUUGCUGUCUUUCUGUCAGAGGUGAGUGAGAACAAACUGCGGCAGCUGAACCUCAACAAUGAGUGGACUUUGGAGAAGCUGCGCCAGAGGAUCACCAAGAACUCCCAGGAUAAGCUGGAACUGCAUCUUUUCAUGUUGAGUGGCAUCCCUGACACGGUUUUUGACCUUAUUGAGUUAGAGGUCUUGAAGCUGGAGCUUAUCCCUGAUGUCACUAUUCCUCCAAGCAUUGCUCAGCUCACCAGCCUUAAGGAACUGUGGCUCUACCACACAGCUGCCAAAAUUGAAGCUCCAGCACUUGCCUUCUUAAGGGAGAAUUUGAAAUCUCUCCACAUCAAGUUCACAGACAUUAAGGAGAUUCCUCUUUGGAUCUAUAGCCUGAAGACACUAGAGGAGCUUCAUUUGACAGGGAAUUUGAGUGCUGAAAACAACCGGUACAUUGUGAUAGAUGGCUUGAGGGAACUGAAGAGGCUGAAGGUGUUGAGGUUGAAGAGUAACCUCACCAAGCUGCCGCAGGUGGUGACAGAUGUUGGUGUACAUCUUCAGAAGCUUUCCAUCAACAAUGAAGGCACCAAGCUUAUUGUUCUCAACAGCCUUAAGAAAAUGGUCAACUUGACAGAGCUUGAGCUGAUCCGUUGUGACUUGGAACGCAUUCCUCACUCUAUCUUUAGCCUCCACAAUCUGCAGGAGAUAGACCUGAAGGACAAUAACCUAAAGACCAUUGAGGAAAUCAUCAGCUUCCAGCACUUACAUCGUCUCACUUGCCUUAAAUUGUGGUACAACCACAUUGCCUACAUCCCCAUGCAGAUAGGCAACUUAACCAACUUAGAACGCCUUUACCUGAAUCGUAACAAGAUAGAGAAGAUCCCCACCCAGCUCUUCUAUUGCCGGAAACUUCGCUAUUUGGAUCUCAGCCACAACAACUUGACUUUUAUACCACCAGAUGUUGGACUUCUUCAAAACCUGCAGAAUCUGGCUGUGACAGCCAACAGGAUUGAGAGUCUCCCACCAGAGCUGUUCCAGUGCAGGAAGCUGAGAACAUUGAACCUGGGAAACAAUGUGUUGCAGUCACUUCCAUCCCGGGUUGGAGAGCUGACAAACCUGUCACAGAUAGAACUACGAGGGAACCGCUUGGAGUGCCUGCCUGUGGAGCUGGGGGAAUGUCCUCUGCUGAAACGUAGUGGGCUUGUGGUAGAGGAGGACCUGUUCAACACACUGCCCUUGGAAGUCAAAGAGCGUCUGUGGAGGGCAGACAAAGAGCAAGCUUGAACCCCUGGAAAAAAGGGAAAAGCCUCUGACCAACUAGAAGGAAAGAAAAGGCCAUUCCACUCCUCUUUUCCCCAGAUCCUUCCCUUUCUCCCCUCUGAUCACUACCAGACUAGCCAAGGAGUCCCUGAAUAGACAUGACUCUGAGGCUGCUUCUUGCCUCAGAUGCAGGAUGGGGAAAGCUUGGGAUCAGGAUGAGGAUCAAGACAGAUUAGUUGGCCUCUGAGCAAAGGCCUGUGGGAAUAGGAGGUGUUGCUGUUCUUCUGGACAGGAAGUGGGAUGAGGUGGAUGGUGCUGUUGAGAAGAAUGAUCUCUGAAUGGAGGAGAAAAUGAAACGUGGGGAUUGCUGCAUUGCUCCAAAUAGGGCUUAUACAUGUCAGGGACUGAGUGUUCAGUGUCUUGCAAGCAAAGAUCAAGAGACUAGGAAACCUCUUGAAUCUCCAUCUCUGCGACACUUGGUACUGUCCCCUGACUCAGAUUCAGUCAGUGAGGCCCUGCAGUGGGGUGGAAUGGGAUGCAGACAGCUCACUUGAUCUUGAUGCUGGCAUUAGGAUUUGGGGGCUAAGUUUCUCUCGGACAUGAGCUUGAAUGCAGGAUGUUUGUUUUUUUUUUUUUUUUAAACUAAUUCUUUCCCCUUUGCACUCCCCACCUUCUCCUCUGCCUCUGGAGAAGGAACCAGACACCCCAAACUCCAUCUUAAAUGUAAGAUUGCACUAUUUUAACACUUUCAAGUCUCUUGUGCUGAUGAGUGGAUCAUGCUCCAUACUUCAGCUGAUGUGCUGGAGGCACUAACUGACAUAAUUCCAGAGCUUUAUCCUGUUCUGAAGUGGAUGGUUAUAGUGCAAGUGGGAGAAGAUCUGGAUAAAAAUCAGUUGGACUGUCUGAUCUGUUCUCCCCGGAGCACUGAGUUGCUUCUGGACCUGGCUUUUAAGGUUUUUAAGCUACUUUUAAAUUCCUGGUAUUUUGUCACAUAUCAGAUAUGAACAUAGGACUGGCCAGUGUGCUGGGGUCUCUCCUGGGGUUGGUGGUGUUAGUAAAGAGGGACACCCAGGUUUCUCUGCACUUCUUGCCCCCUCUUCCUCCUCUUAAGUUGUGAGAGGCUUUGCCAGUGUUUUUCAUGAAUGCAGUCUACAGAUCUGCUUGAUUGUUCUUUAUUGUUGUCUUCCUCACUUCAACAGUUGUCAGGUCCUGUGACAUCUCUUGGCCUAAAUAAGAGGCUAAUGCUGAUUGAACCUGGUGCUGGAAAAGAAACCUGCCCUCCUGUUUCUUCCCCUUUUCAUUCCCUCAAGUGUUAAGGAGUGGUAUGAGAAUCCUCUGUGGACUGAGCUCUUCUAGAUCCCUGGGACAGAGCAGUCUUUAUUGAAACAAGUCUGACCUGUUUGGUAUUGUCUGACCAAAAAAAAACCCCAAGCUUCUGCACUUGCAGAGGUAGAUAACUUGUAAUAGCUACUGAUAAUCAUGUCCUUAAGGUGGAGUGGUUAAGGUGUGCCUACGAUACACCCUAAGUCUGCUCUUUUCCAUCAGAAGGAAGAGGAGGCUCAUGGACCUGCAGGUCCUGGCUGUAAUACUCUGAAUCAGAACAACAGGUUGGCUCCAAGGUGGAGUGCUGCAAGCUGAGGCACGAGAAGUUUGGAGGCCUCCUGUGUGUACAAAAGGGGGGAAACUGCAGCCAUCUCCAGAGUGGUUCCUGGACAAGCUGCCAGCAAGUUCCCUGGCUUGGCAAAUUGUGGUGAUCCCUUGGAUGUUGGGGCAAUAAGGCACGCUGUGGCUUUCUUCAUCAGAUGUAAGAUAUGAAAUAUAUAUAUACAAACCAUGCUGAAACCAUGAACAAUGUUAACUGGGCUCUGGAUUUGUUGAUGUUCAGAUGCUUAAAUAAAGCUACAUUAAAAUCCAGGAGAUCUGUUUAUAAAACUGCUUUUAAGAAAGAUGUAAAUUUUGCUUCCCUUAGUCCAUUCAUUAUGAGAAGUUUAAACAGGCCAGGGAAAAAUAUAAUUGAAUCUCUGUAUCUGGGAGGCAGGGUACUGUAAAACCUCUUUUUGUUUCUAACAGGGUUAGUGUCUUGAAAUUGUGUUAGAGAUGGGGCCACUGCUGAAAGGAUGGGGAAGUAUUGAUGCUGAUGCUUAUUGGGUUGAACCUGUUCUAUUUGCAUGAGCAUUUUGGAUCAACAGGGAGGACAGAAAUUGCUAGAUGGGCUUAAGGCUUCUGAAAUAAGCCAGGAAUGGCGUCAGGCUUAACUACAGUACUACUGUUUUCCAGUCAGUUCCUUCUGGUGGGUGUUGGGGCUGUUUGGGUGGUGAAGGAAACAUCUUCCCUCCUCCCCUUUCUCUGUGCCAAAAGAUAGGGCUGGAGAGUAAUGGCUACUGAAUAGAGGCUUGAAUUCUCCUUUGUAUUCAAGACAACUGGGUAACUGGUUUACAAAAUGUGUUUUACACUAGGCAGGACUGAAAGGGCAAAGCACUUCACAGGAUUUUCACCUAGCUUACAGGAGCAGACAUUCUUCUGUAUGUCUAGAUAAUAGAUGAAUGCAUUGACUCUUGAUUCCAGGUGUGGUCUUAGUUAUACAAACUAAACUUUACACAGCUAGAUUAGAAGUUUCUAUAAGCAGCUCCUGAAAGUCUGCUGCAGUGCUUUUAGAAGCUUGCAAGCCUCCUGAACUGCCAUGUAUGUCCAUAGGACAAGUGGACAAUAGGCUAUUCUGCUAGAAGUGAGACCAUCUCUUAACUUCUGAUCAAAUAACAGAGCUAUACUGCUGCUGCUUGCUGUGUAGACUGCCCUACGCCUGAGGUCUGCAAAGCAAUUGUAAGACAGGCCAGUACUGAGCAUGCAUGGAAACACUAGCUUUUUGCUGCACUUACAAUAUUCCAAGCUCAGUUUUUUCAGUCAUGGCUGCUAAAGCUAGAGAUAGCUUCCUGUGUGGCAAAACUGGGAUGAGCAGGCUCAUACCUUCCUGUAUUGGGUGGCACACAAAUCCAUGGCCACUGUAAGACAGCAAUAUGUAUUAUUUACUCCUGAUAUGUUUUUCUUGGUCUUCCCUCAAAUAGAUACAGAUUCCAGCGUAUCAGUCUCAUAUGAUAAGAUGGAAGAAGCUUUAAAACUUCAAGGAUAGGGUCUAAACCGUGAGGUCCUGAAUGUGUUUACUGCUCAGGACUGCUGCAAAACAACCCACAGCAGAGUGAGUCAUCCACUUCCCAUACAUCUGGAUUGCUCAGUCUUUGAGGGAUGAGCUUACAUCAACAAUCCUUCCUCACUUGCAAGUAUCCAAUCAGUGUAUAUUAUGUUUUUGCCUUUAAGCUUCCCCCAAACUGAAGCUUGGGGGGUUUAUUUCUGACACUGAUCUGUGUGUAGAGAAAAUGUUCCAACUUUAGCAGACAAUCAACGGUCUGGUCAGUGUCUUGUUCUUCUGACAGGCUUUUCAAAGCACUCUAGCAAACCACAUUAUUUAUUAGCUGCUAAACCAGACAACAACUUGAAUUGAAACCAACUGUUUCCUUAAUAGCACUUCUGAGCUGAAUGACUUUUUGGAGCCCCUGUAGAUCACAAGCAUGCUCAUCCCAUGUUAGGGCUGAAGGUUAGUAAAAUGGAAUUCUAUUCUUCCUGCUAAAUACCCCAAAAAGUAAUAAACUGCAACUAAUUAUUUUGAACCAGCUGAAAGGCAAAGAAUACCAAACCUAGUAAAUGUGUUAAAUAUCUGAAACUAUGCACUGAAAUAUUAGCUGAAGUUGUUCUUUGUUUAAGCUUAUUUUCUGCUUUUAUUAUGUGGUCCCCAGUUAAUUCAGCAGCUGGAGUGAAUUUUCUCUGCCAGUCUGAAUGGUUACAGGUAUCUUUCAUGAUGUGGUUUCUUUCAUAUUAAUUAUCACUUCCUGGUGAUACCCUACCUCAUUUUUUUUAUUUUAAUUACCAUUUAUACACCAUUUAGCUCACUUCAUUUUCAAGUUUUUGGUGUUUACCAUAAAUAGUAUUAAGUGGCUUUCUGUUGCUCAGCCACACUGAGGUCCUCUUUACAUUUUACCCCUCUCUAACCAGUGAUUCUAGGAAUUCCAAGAACAAUAACACAUCCUUUUCAGAAGAUGAGGUGUAUGGAAAGAAGUUGUGACUAUUAUUGAUUCAGCAGCUGUGACGUUGUUUCCUUUCCUUACCUUUUGUCUGCUUUGGUUUUUGUCGCAUGGUUUGAGUUCUUUGGAUGGUUAAAAUUUUAGUCGUCCUUCAGAGGAGGAGUAACUUUUCUUCCUCAUUAAUAGCUGUGCCUUCUCUAGAGAGACAUUAAUGUAACCUCUCCACAGAGGCACUGGCUCCUUCAAGUGCGUUUGGACUAGUCCCUGCCUGAAGCCAGCUCUUCCCUCUGAUUCUUUUUCUUUCAGACAUGGAGAGAUUUCUUUACUUUUGGCCUGACUUCUCCCUAACAAAAAGUAUUGUCAUUCCAUAAACAGUAGAGUCAUCUGUUACCUAAUGUAAGGCUGUUUGAAUGGUAAGUAGUACAACUGGUGCUUGAACUUUGCUUCUUUUUUUCUCAUUGCAUUUGAAAAGAAAAUUCUUUUCCCCACUGUUUGCCCACAGAAUGGAUCCCGUAGUUUCACUGAGUAUGUGCCAAAGCAAAGUGGUUUCUGUCAUACCUGCAUUCUUACAGAGCGGGAAGCAGAGCUGGGUCUGCACUAGAGUAUGGCUUGACUCAGACCUAUCUCCCUCCAUCCCUCCAGCUGCAGUGGUAGGUUAAUCUUCAACUCCUUCAGCAGCAUGAAGUCCUCCAGGUAUCUCUGCUCUGAAAUCCUGUUUCAAAAGUAGCUGUACUUGAAUUGCUGGACCCCCAGCAGCAAAGGUGAAGUCACACGAAGAAAGGCUUAAUUUAGCAUUUCUGGGCUUGCUCUUCCCUUCAUCCCUCUCAGUCUCCUUUAAAGGAGUUUUAUUGAACAAAGGGGAAAUGUUUCUAGAGGAGACUUAAUGAGAAGGGGGCUAAUGAGCCUGAGUCAUCUUUUGUAGCUGACAAAUGUGUCCAUUUAAGACACUACUCAUGGCUGAAACAUUGUUCCACUCCCAUUUUGUAAAUGCAUGAGCAGGGUUGUGGUUUGGCAUCAGAGACCCGCAACUUGAUGUAACAUUUCAGAAUCAUGACAUUCACUUUGUGUGGGGGAUUGUUUGGGCAGCUGAUCAACAGCACCUCCACCUUAAGCACUGAAGGCUGCUAUUGUGUUCUCUGAAAGACUUGUAAGACUGAACACUUUAACAGAAUAAAAGUUUUACUUUUUCAUUUGCA